AUGCGCGAUCUACCGGAGUUGCGUCUACCAGAUGAUGUGGAAUCAGGAGUCUUGCUUCCGAUGGAGAAUCGAUCACCGAGAUCGACCGCAGGGAAGUCCAGUCCAUAUUUCCUUACACCGGAUUCUGGUGGCUCUGGGCAGUCACCUUUUCGCUUCGACGUGACGAGAUCUUCACGAAGAAGACUUGGGUCACCGUCAUUUCGGACGGGGUUAAAAAAACCCCGCAAACGGGCAGUCUUUAAGAACGGCUACUGCAACGUGACUGCUACCAAGGUUCCACACCAGCAAAUCCGGUUUCUGCAGGACAUCUUCACGACGCUUGUGGAUGCCCGGUGGCGCUGGACGUUGCUGGUGUUCGCACUCGGUUUUGUGGGGUCCUGGAUGCUGUUCGCUGUGUUGUACUGGCUCAUCGCUUACAGCCACGGAGACUUCGAGGAGAGUCAUCUACCGCCAGCUCAGGAGGACAGCAACUGGACACCGUGCAUCUCGAACUUGUACUCGUUUACGUCAUGCUUCUUGUUCUCUCUCGAGACACAGCACACUAUCGGAUAUGGUUCUCGAGCGAUGGAAGAAGAGUGUCCUGAAGCCGUCUUCGUGAUGACGUUGCAAUCCGUCCACGGCGUGUUGGUUCAAGCGUUCUUAGCGGGUUUGGUGUUCGCGAAGAUGACUCGUUCGAAACGUCGCGCCCAAACGCUGUUGUUUUCCCGUCACGCCGCCAUAUCGUUGCGAGACGGUGAGCUAUGUCUGAUGUUUCGGAUUGGUGAUAUGCGUAAAAGUCACAUCAUUGGGGCAAACAUCCGCGCGCAGUUGAUCCGUGCCAAGGUAUCCUCCGAGCGAGAGGUGAUGUCGCAGUUUCGCACCGAAUUGGAGCUCACGACAGAUGACUGCUCGUCAGAUGUCUUCUUCAUUUGGCCUCAGAUCGUAGUGCACCGGAUCAAUGAACGAUCGCCACUGUAUGGAUACUCGGCUGAAGACAUCCUGCUGGAUAGAUUUGAGAUCGUCGUAGUGCUUGAAGGAACGGUUGAGUCGACGGGACAAACAACGCAGGCUCGAACGAGCUAUGUUAACACUGAAAUUUUGUGGGGUCAACGCUUUGAGCCGGUACUGCUUUAUAACUCCGACAUCGAGAGCUACGAGAUCGACUUUUCGAAGUUCAACGAAACCGUCUCACAAGAAACGCCAAGGUGUUCGGCCAGGCAGCUGCAAGAAUGCUACAAACUUCCAACGAGAGGUAGAUCGUGCGAUCCUUUAACGGGACCGGAGCUGAGAUUGUCUCAAAUGGAGAUGUCGAACGAACGUACGCCCGAUCGUCGGUUUUUGUUUCCCGUUUUCGACCGUCGACGAUCUCGAUCGUCCUCCGAACUGUAGACGGCGCAAAUUCCACAAUCAACCACCCAUCGCCAAUGGGCUAUCUCGACCGCUACGUGA